UUUCACUUGCAGUUGCUUACAGAAUAGGGCAGGACAUUUCUUUCAAACAUCCACACCAUGUUACUUUCUUUUUUACAAUUCCGAGUGAGCAGCUGCCUGAACACAACAUGAUCAAGAGGCUCCUUCUCUGCCUUUCAACACUGUGCCCUGCAUGUAUUGUAAUUGCUGGACUAUCGCGUGACAGUGAUUCACAUGGAGCAUAUAGGAAGCAUUUUGCAGUGAAAUAUAUUUCUAAGCGAGAUGGCACUAUCUGUCAAACUAAUACACAAUAUCUGUACAAUACAACUACUGAUGCCUUCUGCUGUUACUCUUGUGAUCCGGGUUAUGUUGCUGAAUAUGUUGGUUGCAAAAAAGCCGAUCCUAGAACCAAAUGUAAAAGAUGCACAGAAGGAAUUGAGUAUAUGGAUAAAUUCAAUCAUAAAACCAAAUGUCUGCGGUGCAAUGAUUGUGACAGUCAGCAUGGAUUGGAAGUUGAAACAAACUGCACCAUCACACAGAAUAUAAAAUGCAAAUGCAUGCCUGGCUUCUUUUGUGAUUCUCAACCAUGUCAACACUGUAAUCCAUGUGAUAAGUGCGAAAAUGGUAUAAUUUUAGAAAAGUGCACUGAAACUAAAGAUGCCAUAUGCCAAAGGAAAGAAAAUGUAAUUUGGUGGCACUGGGUGAUUCCACUUCUUUCUCUCAUUGUGGUUGCUAUGGUGGCAUGUUUUACAUGGAGGAAAAUUUCAGUGAGGAAUAACUAUGAGCACAAUAUCUCAACUCUAGAUGAUGCCUGCACUGAAACGGAGCCUCCCAGUAAUCCAGAUAUUGAUUUGACCCCUCAUAUUUCUGACAUUGCAGAGGAGAUGAAACUAGAGGAUGUCAUUAAACUUGUUCGGAAACUGGGCUUGUCACCCGCUCGCAUAGAUGAAGUCACAGUUAAUAAUUAUAACAAUGUCUCUGAGCAGAAAAUAAAAUUGUUAGAGCGCUGGUAUCAAGAGAAUGGUAGAAAUGGUGCUUAUGGGACUCUAAUAACCACCCUGAUAGAGCUUCGCUUUCGUGCUACUGCUGAAAGUAUUAAGCAAAAAAUAAGACAUGGUUGAGUCAAUCAUGAUUAAAAGUAAUAUUCCAAGGUAUUCCAAGAAAGUAAUCCUUUUUUUCUGUUGUAGAGUCAUGGCUGUAACUUGAAUUCAUGUUGAAGAGGGAGCUCUGACUUUUUCAACAUUUUUUCAGUACUCUGGCCAAAAUGCCAGUUUAUUUAUUUACAUUUUCUUCUAUUGCUCUUAAGCUCUAGAUAUAUCCCUUUGCUUUCAGUUAUGUUCUCACUUUGCCAAAUCUGAUUGGCUCUAUCGUAUUGACACUAUACAAGAAGUGAGCAACUUUGAAGGGUUCAGAAACCAAUGCACUGGGCACAUCCCAGAAAUCCCUUCCCACUAAAGGCACAAAUGGUUGGAAAUCCAUUUCCAUUUUUCAAAACCUCUUUGAAACAAACAAACAAACAAACAAAAGCAUACAUUGCUAGGUUUAAAGGAGAACUGCCUUUCCAAGAUUGCAGUUCUCCAUUUUAAAAAAAUAAAACAAUUUGAGCUCUGGGAGUUGUGGAAAAAAGUGGGGUUGUGUAUUGCCCAGAGGCCACACGUUGAUAACUUUUGCUUCACCUGAUUCCUCACUGACCAUGAUCACAAAUGUUAACUCCACCAGGAAGGAAAAAGAAAGAAGGGGAAGCAGUAGUAAGAUAGAAUGAUGCCAAAACAUAAUUCUAGUGGUAGGGUUGCGAGAUCAUGACUUCCCCAGGCCCUGAGAUUUUGGAUCCAAAACCUGAAACCUAGAGAUGAUCUCUUGUGAUGUCAGGGAGAACAGGCCCCAGUGAAGUUGCAAGAAGCCGCUGCUGGUGAUGUCAGUAAACAUCAUACCUUAUGCAUCAACCACAAAGGCACAGAAUUGGUUUCAUCCAACAUGGUCAUAAUUUUUUAAAAUUCUUAACCUCCAGUAACCUGGCUUGAAAUUACUGGUAAGGAAUGGAUAUAGGGUGACAUGUAAAUGCUAUAGAUAUGUAAAAGACCAUCUUCUCAGCCUGUAAAUGUGUAAA